ACCGCGGGUCUCGGAGUACCCGUAAAGCUGCUGCAUGAGUCUCUUGGACACAUAAUUACAGUUGAGCUGAAGACCGGGCAGCUGUACAGAGGAAAGCUCGCUGAAGCCGAGGACAACCUGAACAUCUCCCUGAAGGAUAUCACAGUUACCGGACGCGACGGUCGUGUGUCGCAACUUGACCAGGUGUACAUUAGGGGAAGUAUGGUUCGAUUCUUCAUCGUACCGGACAUGUUGCAGAACGCGCCUAUGUUCAAGCGGGUGGGCCCGAAUGCGAUGAGAGGGAGAGGUAUCGGUACGGCACGUGGAAGGGCUACGAUCAUGAGAGGUAUGUCUGCUCCAGGA